AUAAAAGGUAAGCACAGCAUUAGGAGUUAUGUAAGUUUAAAAACUUGUAUUAUUAAUUUAUUUGUUAUUUAUUUGAAAUUCUAUGGUUGGCUGAAUUCUUUUUUGGCUGUAAAACAGCGUUAAGGAGUUUUUUCAGAGUAUAAUGUUUCAAUAUCAGCUUUUUGGAAUGAAGGAGGGUAAUGCAAGUUUUUUUUAAUGUGAAUUAAUUUCACAGUUUUCUUCCUGCUUCUCUUGCUACUCAAGUAGAUUACCUUUUCCGAUAUGUUUUUCAAAAUAAAAAAAACACGUUACAGUUUACUUACUUGACUAAAAGCAGCCUGCCACAGUUUAAAUAUUUUAAUGCAGAUUAAUAACUCCAAACAAUGCGUUCGUUUAGUAAAGAGAGAUAAAACUGUGAAAGAAAAGAAAAACGAGGUAGAAAUCUGUGCUUUUAUUGUUGUAGAAAGAUUAGAGCACUUCCGUUUGUGUGUUACAAGUAGCUUGGCGAACAAUUCUCACAUUAACGAGCCAAUCUGUUGAUUGUCUUCUGUACACCAAAGAGCGAAGGCAAAAACGGCAACUCUGCAGCGGGAAGAAGCACAACAAGAAACCGCCCCUUCUUAUCUGCCAGCUACCGACAGUCAUGGCAACCAUGGUGAUGGAAAGUAUUGGGCGAGUGUUCAUUAGCCUGCAGCAGAUCCGGCAGGUACCGCGGCUGCUGACCGAGGCCGCGCCCUCCAUGACCGACACCGUUACAGACUCGGAGGUUCCUGUGUACUUCAGGGAGCGCUACAUCUUCACUGGCUAUCGACCACUUGAGCAGAGCUGGCGCUACUAUUUCCUGUCCUUGUUCCAGCGCCACAACGAGACCGUAAAUGUUUGGACUCACCUGCUUGCGUUUUUAUUGCUUCUGGGGAAGCUUCGCCAGCUUGCAGACAUGGUGGACUUUUCCAACGACCCUCAUUCGUGGCCCUUGUUAAUCCUCAUGCUGUCUUCCCUCACUUACUCAGCAUUCAGUGUAGCAGCUCACCUAUUGGGUGGUAAAUCUGAACUGUUUCACUACUUGUUUUACUUUCUGGACUAUGUCGGGGUGGCGCAGUACCAGUACGGUAGUGCUGUGGCUCACUUUUACUAUGCUGUGGAUGAGACCAUGUACAGAAACACGCAAGGGAUCUUCAUGCCUGCUGCCACUAUCCUCAGCUGCCUGUCUUGCCUGGGAUGUUGCUAUGGGAAAUACUGCAACCACACCCUACCAUGCUGGGUGCGUAAGGUGUGCCAGGUGGUGCCCUCAAUGCUGGGCUAUCUGUGGGACAGCAGCCCUGUGGCUAAGAGACUCUUGCUUUGGUCCAGUGAUGAUCUGGCUGUCGCCUACCACUUCGGUCAGGUGGGGUUCUUUCUCAGCUGUGCCUUCUUCUUCACCUUCCCUCUGGUUGAGCGCUGCCUCCCUGGACGGUGUGAUUUUGUGGGCCAAAGUCAUCAGAUGUUCCAUGUUUUGCUGUCCUGCUGCACCUUCUGUCAGAUCCAUGCCUCCUACUUGGACUACGUGCACCGCAGGCAGCUUUAUUCGAAUCUGCAUGAGAAAGGCGAUGCUGCUCUCUUUGUGGGAUUGUACAUGCUCACAUUGGUUGGAUGUGCACUGAUCACUGCCUUCAUGCUAAGGAAAGUUAAACUUGUGCUCGACUUCAAAAUUAAGACCAAAUAAAGAUGUAGCCAGCUU